UGGGGAUCAACCAUGUUUCGUUACGUGAUAGCUGUUCUCUUUUGUUGCCCCGUUUUGGCCAUUCCUAGUAGUCGAACGGAGAUAACUUAUCCAUCUCUGGAAACAUUACGAUCUGGGGAGAAAAUACUGACACUUCGUGCUUUUGGCAAUGAUAUAGCAUUGAAAUUGGAAUCGGCUGGCGAUGUCAUAGCGGAUGAUUUCACUUUUAUGGAAGGAGACGGAAAAAUUCAUAAAACUAAUGUGAAAAACUUGAAAAGCAAGCUGUUUAGAAACAAAGAAAAGAAUGCAGCUCUGUAUAUUAAUGAGGAAGGACCUUUAGAAAUUAAAGGUUUGAUAGCUUCCAGGAUGAAAAUUGAGCCUUGUGCGUCAAACGAAGAAAAUAAAGAAGGGAGGAGAGCUCACUGCAUUACAAGACGUUCUGAAGACGACAAGCGAAUUUAUGAUGCAGUCAUUCCUCCGAGUAUUAAUCAAAUAUAUUCAAACGACUCUCUAAUGGUGAUGCAAGAUAAUCAAUGUGUAGUUAUUGACUACUUUUUUGUGACAGAAAGUACCUUUACUCAUCGCUUUAACAAUAAAUAUGAGAUCAAAGUCAACUUAUCGAUGGCAUUAAUGGGAAAAAGAAAUGAGCCUUCUUUCAUAGAAAGUAGUACAAUUCCGGGAGAAAGACGUCUUCUCCAUUCCGAAAAACUGCUCGAUGAAAUGUCAAAUUAUUAUUGUAAACUAAGAAGGGAUCCAAUAGUCAAGCAGGCAGAUAUAAUUAUGCUUAUAACUAGGAGAAAACUGGGAGACAUUAAUUCCGACGACACUAUAUCUGACGGUACCGUAGGAAUUGCAAACUUAGGAGGCGCUUGUAAUCCAUGUUUAAAAUGUGGUAUAGUGGAAGAUGAUGAUUCUUAUGUCGAUAGAGAUGAUACUUUUGCUCACGAAUCGGCACAUUUAAUUGGAAUUGAUCAUGACGGAGAAGACGAAGAAGAUGGCUCAUCUGGUAGUCCAACAGCAGUACAUUGUCCAAGUGAAGAUGGUUAUAUUAUGGGUGAUGAUACAGGUGCAAAUAAAAUGAAAUUUUCUUCGUGUUCUAGAGAACAUUUUAUACAUUUUCUAUGGUCUUUUAGUGCCAAUUGUCUUUUCGACAAUUGUUACGAUGAUCGAAAAUAA